AUGGACAGGUGUAUCAGAUUGUACGACAGAUUCCUGCUCAGAAGGUCACAACAUACGGACACAGGCUAUGUAGCAAAAAUCAUCGGGAUGCCUUCUUACUCGCGGCAUGUAGGACAAGCGCUGAAAUUCCUCUCACCCGACGUCGAGCCGCCCGUUCCAUGGUACCGCGUCGUUUCGUCGUCCGGCGCUAUCUCUUCGCGAGGGCCUGGGACGGAGGGAGCUCAGCGGCAGCGAGACGCGCUAGAGGCAGAGGGGGUGGAAGUUCGUGUGGGAAGGACGGGAGAGUUUCUGGUUGACCUUAAGACGUGGGGGUGGUUUCCUGAUCCCGCACAAGUCGAUCUUGAAGAUGGGCCUGCGUGA